UCAGUGGCUGUGAACCAACAAAAAGAAAAAAAGAAAGAAAAAAAAAGAAUAUUUUUCCAAUUGUAUGUAAAUUUUAAAUAUAUACGACGGAUUUACCAAUAAUUUCAUCAAACUUGUAUGAAGCGAACAAACAUAUUUAUCAAAUGCUCUAGUCACAAUUUUCUGCAUUGGAUUUAACUUUUUGAAAUUUGUAUUUAUUAUCACGAAACAAUAAAGGUUCAAUAAAAGUUCGAUAGUGAGUUUUAUGUGGAUCGUCGUAUUUGUUGGUGGAUACGCGAGUUGAUUGGAAAUAAUGUACUUAAUCUUAUCCUCCCUCGUCCAUCCACCCGAAGGAACUUUGAAACAUCGUCAUGUAUCUAUAGACGCGUGUAAUACACUCGUCUCUGUUCGCAACCAUAUAUGACAUACAUGCUGCUGGUAUCUGCAUUGGAAUGAUAUUUACAAAGAAUAAUUCGAUGUUAUGAUAAUUGACGACAGGUGCCUUAGCAGCUUCUAAUAACAGGAGAUCAUCACUGUUCACGAUAGUGACAAAGUGUCCGAUAGAAGAUGUGUGAUCGAUCGUGCACAGACGAAACUUAAUAUUUUAUUUAUUUAUUUGAUAUUAUAAGAAUUUGAACAAAAUGCUUAAUUGUUUCUUUUUUUUCACCUGAUCAAAAGUGUGAAUUAGUUGUUCGUAUAAUAAAAGAUCACUGUAAAUACGUUUACCUUAAUUCUAAAUAAUAAUUUACCUCAAUUUUUUAAUCAUAAAUGUUCGUUAUCAAUUUAAAAGGCAUUAAAAUAUUGCUAAUUAUGAUGCUAGCGUCGUUGCAAUCGACGCAAUCUUAUGACUCUUCCAAUACAUAUUCUUUCAGAACCGACGAUGAAUGUCCCUUGCACCUAACUGUUUUGGAUUUUCUAUAUAAUUUCACGGAACCUGAUUUAGAAAUAACGUGGCCAUGCGAAGCACGUUUUUAUUGGUUGUCGUUGCAACCAUUCGUUAAAUUUGUACGAUUUUUACUCAGCUAUGUGACUCCAUUUAUUAUAAUUGUUGGCGUGAUAUUAAAUACCGUAUCCUUUGCAAUAUUGAAUGCACCCGUGUCGGGUGACUCGAGCUUAUCCUUAUAUUUAAAGGCCCUUGCUAUAUCUGACAAUGGAGCAUUAAUAUUUAAUUAUGCAGUAGGUAUAGCAAAAUCACAAUUUACAUUUGUCAAUGAUCUUUUUAUGAACAGUAAAUUUCUAUGCGAUACCAAUUCUGUGAUAAUGGAACUUUUUCAAUUUACAUCUACUUGGUUGGUCGUAUCUCUAACAUGGGCUCGGGUUUUUGCUAUUAUUUUUCCAUUCGGAGCUCAUAGUAGUAAUCCUGAUCGUUCUGCAAUCAUAAGCGUAACUACUCUGACAUGCGUCAGCUUCAUAAUAUCAUUAACGAAAUUAUACUCUGGAGGAUACGAAACUGAUAGUGUUUUUGAAUUUAUACCGUGUCAAAAGAAAAUCAAACCUUGGGGUAGUACUAUGUAUGUAUAUAUUGCACUCUCGACGUGGCUACCGCUUACUUUUAUAUUUGUUGGUAAUGUUUUACUAGUUAUACAUAUGAAAAAAUUGGAUACGCUUCGCAGACAAUUAACUCGCAGUUUCUGCCAAAAGAUUAAUAAAACAAAUAAAAGGAGUAGGACUUUAUUAGCGGUAUCAAUGGUAUACUUAAUUUUACUAUUACCACUUGGAAUAGUUGAAACUUUAGAACUCUACUGGGAUGUGAUAUUAAUUAAAUAUCCAGAAAAGAAUAUAAAAGAAAAUAAACAAUACAUAAAUUGGCUAGAAGAGAAAAUGUUGUUGAAGUGGUGUCGUGGACUAUUCUUUCACCUAUAUCAUUGGAAUUUUGCAUGCAAUUUUUUUUUAUAUUAUCUUACGGGAGAAAAAUUUCGAAGCGUUGUGAUACAAAAAUUGAUCGAUUGCAAAAUCAUAUUAACUUCGACAAAAUUAACAAAGUGUCUUCCGUGGUGUAAGUGCGAAGACCGAUUCAAAUCUAUACGAACUCCGAGCAUAUUACUUAUCAAAGUUGUCACGUUCGACGAGUCUUUCGUUAACAAUAAUAUUACUACAGAAAAUAAUAGCAACGUUGCAUCGAUCAUUUGAUCAAUCUCAUUUUGGAUAAACUAAGUUGAAAUAAAACUUAAAGAUUCUAAAAACUGCCAUAAAUGAAAAAGAAUGAUUUAACAAUUAGUUACAAUGCAAUGUGUUCUCUUCGGAUAAUAGUUGAAUACGAUAUUUUACGAUAUGAAUCAUUUAUUGCGUUUUACAUGAGAAAUUCCUAUACGAAUGUAGUAAAAUAUCACAAUAUAUAUAUAUAUAUAUAUAAUUAUAUAAUUUUUCAUUUGUAACAUUGGAUUAAUAAUGAUGCUAAGGGAUAUGUUAUUUGAACGUUACACAUUACGACUGCAUAAAAAAAAUGUCUGGUCCCAAUAUAGAUUUCUAAAGUGGAUACGACUAUUUCGUAUCUGUUAUAUUUAAUAUAACUUCAUGAAUAUUUUCAUAUUGUUUCAUUAUAGAGGCAAAUUAUGAACAUUAUACAGUUAAUUACAAUUAAUUAUUUGCGGAAUAUUAUGAUUCCUGUUUUAUAUACUGAAAUAAAUAAAAGAUAAAAUGUAUAAAGAUUAUGCUCUUAUUCUAUUCGUAUAUUAUGCUUAUACUAACUGUAUCACUCUUUGUCUGGUAACUGGAGUAAAACAAACACUUCAUCGAUUGAAUUAUUUCAUACAAUACACGAAAAAACAUAAUCAGUGUACUUUUCAUUACUAACAAAAUAUAUAUAUACGUAAUAUUCCAUUUGCUUUUACAAAAAAUACUCAAAACUUGUGGAAAGCACAUAACAAAACUCGUAAAGCUAUGAAGCUUUUUAAUUACACAUAUAUAUAAAUAAUAACAAAUUUAACAUUCUACAUACGAAAAAAUACAUCUUUUAAAACUACACUAAUUUCUAUAUUACUAAAUGUUUCGUACAAGAGAUAUAUAUAUUUUACACAUGAUUCA